GGUAAUCUAUCGCUUUCGUAACACAAAGAGCCGUGGCCUGAGAACCAACCACUAAAAUCCAACUAAAACCACCAUACGAGCACUCCAUUUUGUUAUCGGCUAGCCUCCUCUCUUCUCCUUCUUCACGCGCAGGGUGAGCUACUAUUCCUUAGAAGCAGAGUUAUGGUUGUGUUUGGGAAUGUUUCUGCAGCGAAUUUGCCCUAUCAAAAUGGGUUUUUGGAUGCACUUUCAUCUGAAUUGAUGGGACACAACAGCUUCAGAAUUCCGAUCUCUUCACAAGCGCUUAAGACAAGAACAAGGCGAAGGACUUCUUGUCCUUUGCAGGUAGUGUGUGUGGACAUACCAAGGCCAGAGCUAGAGAACACUGUCAAUUUCUUGGAAGCUGCAAGUUUGUCUGCAUCUUUCCGCAGUGCUCCUCGUCCUGCAAAGCCUUUAAAAGUUGUCAUUGCUGGUGCUGGGUUGGCUGGACUGUCAACUGCAAAGUACCUGGCUGAUGCAGGCCACCAACCUCUCUUGCUCGAAGCAAGAGAUGUUCUUGGUGGAAAGAUAGCUGCAUGGAAGGAUGAAGAUGGAGAUUGGUAUGAAACCGGUUUACAUAUAUUUUUCGGUGCUUACCCGAACGUGCAGAACUUAUUUGGAGAACUUGGGAUCAAUGAUCGGUUGCAAUGGAAGGAACACUCCAUGAUAUUCGCCAUGCCAAGUAAACCUGGGGAAUUUAGUAGAUUUGAUUUCCCUGAUGUUCUACCAGCACCCUUAAACGGUAUUUGGGCAAUUUUGAGAAACAACGAGAUGCUGACAUGGCCAGAGAAAAUAAAGUUUGCUAUUGGACUUCUUCCAGCAAUGGUCGGAGGUCAGGCUUAUGUUGAGGCCCAAGAUGGUUUAUCAGUUGAAGAAUGGAUGAGAAAGCAGGGAGUACCUGAUCGCGUGACUGAUGAGGUGUUUAUAGCCAUGUCAAAGGCACUUAACUUUAUAAACCCCGACGAACUGUCAAUGCAAUGCAUUUUGAUAGCUUUGAACCGGUUUCUUCAGGAGAAACAUGGUUCGAAGAUGGCCUUCUUAGAUGGUAAUCCUCCGGAGAGGCUAUGCAUGCCUAUUGUUGAACAUAUUCGAUCGCUAGGUGGUGAAGUACGACUCAAUUCAAGGAUAAGGAAGAUUGAACUGGAGGAUGAUGGUACGGUUAAGAAUUUCUUACUCACUGAUGGGACCACUAUCCAAGGAGACGCUUAUGUGUUUGCCACUCCAGUCGAUAUCCUGAAGCUCCUUUUGCCGGAUUCAUGGAAAGAAAUACCAUACUUCAAGAGACUGGAGAAGUUAGUUGGUGUUCCAGUCAUUAACGUUCAUAUAUGGUUCGAUCGGAAACUGAAGAACACAUAUGAUCACUUACUCUUUAGCAGAAGUAACCUUCUGAGUGUGUAUGCAGACAUGUCGUUAACUUGCAAGGAAUAUUACGAUCCAAACCGAUCAAUGCUGGAGCUAGUAUUUGCACCUGCAGAGGAAUGGAUAUCACGGACCGACUCUGACAUUAUAGAUGCAACCAUGAAAGAGCUCGAGAAACUCUUCCCUGACGAAAUCGCUGCUGACCAAAGCAAAGCUAAAAUUCUCAAGUACCAUGUCGUCAAAACUCCAAGGUCUGUGUACAAGACCAUCCCAGACUGUGAACCAUGUCGUCCUCUACAGAGAUCUCCUAUUCAAGGCUUUUACUUAGCUGGAGACUACACUAAACAGAAGUACUUAGCUUCCAUGGAAGGCGCCGUUCUCUCUGGCAAAUUCUGCUCACAGUCUAUUGUGCAGGAUUAUGAGCUAUUGGCUGCGUCUGGACGGCGAAACUUGUCGGAGACAACUGUAUCAACAUGAGAAGAGGAAGCUUAAAGAUCAUUGAUUUCUGCUUGUAACCAUUAUUUUGUAACUUUUGUAUACAAACCUCAUUUCAAGACAAAGUUAAGGUGUGGCAAAAAAAAACCCAAUACAUAAUGUAAAAAAUUAAUAUAGGUGUUUAUUUAAGAAAACACAAUUAGUAUAGGA